UAAUGCUUAUGUCAAUAUUAGUCGAAUGAAAACAUGCACGAUUUUUAAAUUCAUAAGAGUAGACAAACUACUUACUUAAGCUUACCACAAUACACGUCUAACAACUCAUAAUGAAAGCAAUAAUUCAACGUGUUAUGAACGCUAAAGUUAGCGGUUUUGCUGUGUUGCAGUCAAUGGAGAAGUAGUUAGCAGUAUUGGGCAAGGAGUUUUAGUAUUUAUUGGAAUUACUAGCACAGACAAAUAUAAAGACAUGGAGUAUAUGGCCAGAAAACUUUUAAGCAUAAAAAUAUUUGACGACGAACAUAAAAAGAAAUGGAAGAAAACCCUCAUUGAUAAUGACUUUGAAGUAUUGUGUGUUAGUCAGUUCACACUAUACAACACAUGGAAGGGCAAUAAACCAGAUUUUCAUUUAGCAAUGCCAUCGGAACAUUCUAAAGAAUUCUACGAAAACUUUAUUGAAAUGUUAAGAAGUAAAUACAAACCAGAAAAAGUUAAAGAUGGCAUUUUCGGCGCGUAUAUGCAGGUAGAUUUGCAAAAUGAUGGACCGGUCACGUUAGAGCUGGAAUCGCCUGCAAAAACCGAAAAACCUUCGAAGAAAGAUCAAUCUGCUCAUGUAAAUAAAACAACCGAAGAAGCGGGCGAUAUUUUGGAGAGACAAUCCUGAUAUGAGAUAUCGUAUUUAUACCAGUGAUAAUAUAUUGUUUAUUUAUUAA